GUUUUUAGGAUACCAGUGCCUGGGCAAGCCACCUCUGCCUCACAGAGACUUACUCUUGAAAGCUCCUCCGCGAUUCUAAUUGCAGCUCUUGCUUAAUUUUAAAGAAAAAACCGCCUCGGUGCAGAGCGUUUCUUUAGCUUCUGUUGCUGUGUAUUUGGGGGCUUUUGUGUGACUUGGGAUAAGGAAUAGUCACGGCUUUCCCUGGUCAGUUUCUGGCUGGCAGUCGUGAUUGCAAGCUCCCUUUCCUCCUACGCAGCACAUCAUGCUCGUGCAACGCCAGAUGUCCGUGUCAGAAGACGAUCUGGAAGAGUUCCAGCUUGCUCUGAAACACUACGUGGAGAGCGCCUCAGCCCAAAGCGGGUGCCUGCGUAUUUCUAUACAGAAGCUUUCAAAUGAAUCUCGCUACAUGAUUUAUGAGUUCUGGGAGAAUAGCAGUGUGUGGAAUCGCCACCUCCAGACAAAUUACAGCAAGACCUUCCAAAGAAGCAAUGUGGAUUUCUUGGAAACUCCAGAGCUCACAUCUACUAUGCUAGUUCCUGUGUUCCCGAAUGGACAGAGAAAAAAAAAUGGCCACAAAUAAAACUGAAUCAACUCUCAUCCUCAGAGGCUAAACGUCAUGCAAUUUAAUUUCUGUACAACUUGAAUUGAUUUCCAUAUCACACCUAAUCUCAACAAUGAUAAAUGGAACUUAACAGAACAUAAUAAAAAGUUAGUCUUGGCUUCUAAAACAAAUUAAAACCUACCACAAACAAAAUUUUAACAUCCAUUGGAGCAUCCUAUUUUAAAGUUUCCUAGGUGUGACUGCAGGAACACAAUGCUGAACAAAAAUCUGGAAUUUAGACAUUGUAUAUAGUUUUAACAUCCAUACCACUUCUAAUACUAAUUUUAAUGACCAGUUUUGUGCAUUUUGUAUGUUAUACCACAAUGAAAUGAAAACAAAACCAUAGUCACUGAAUAAAUUUUAGUCUAAAAACUGAAAAUGGCACCUGUGAUAUUUAGAAACACUGAAGAAGAUACAUCUCAAGUAAGCUGAACAUCAUCUAGAUAUAAGUAUACAAACCAAAUUAUAUCCCUCUAAGCAUUUAAAUAUAAAUACCAACUGAAGCAUACAGGAAUACAGCAAUAUAGGCCCACUGACCAUCAUAAACCAUGCAGACAGCAGGAGUUAGAUACUCAGCUCGGGAGCCAGAAUAUCUUUACCAUAAGGGAAGAAAGUACACAAGAAAGUAAGGUAUAAGCCCAAGCCAGUAAACAGCUUCAAAACACAGAUUACUCAUCUGCCUUCACCACAGCAUGCCAGAAACCAUACUUCUUUGCCAUGGGUUAUGUUCACGUAUUUAUAUGCAUUGGAGAACACAUUUCUAGUACUGGAAUAUAAACAUAUUAAAAUAUUGUUUAUAUUACAUGUAUCUGUUUAGACUCAAACUUCCUGAAGCAUGUAUGUAUGAGUACCUUGUGUUAUUUUCUAAGAACUGCUAGUAUUGGGUAGAUUGUAACAUGACUCAUCAUUAUAGUGUUGAUAAUCUUGCUACAACAAACAUUAUUCAUCUAUAACAGAAAAGUCUUAGAUGACAACGAACAAAAACCUAUAGUAUAAUUACACAGGAAUAAGUCAAUAUCCCAAAGAGUCUAGAACCUAGAAAAGCAAUUAUGCAGACAGAAGAUGAAGGGAAUGAUCUCUUUACAGUUUUGACUUUCUCUGCCCUAAA